GUCCGCCCGUCCGUCAGGCAGAAACGCAGACACGCAAGAAGAGAGCCCUCGAGGCGCAGAGUAACGAAGGGGAGAACGGAAUCUGAAGGAAGGGUUCGUUGUCCCGAAGAAUUCUGAAAGGAGGGUUUCGGUUUUGGUUCAGGCGUGGCGUUGCAUUUCCCUGUCUGAGAUUUGUGUAUCGGGUUCCUCGCGCCCGGACUGACCGACCUGUUGCUCGUCGACUGCACCUGCACCUGCACCUCCUUGCUGAUUCCGACAGUCUAGACGCUCUUCGCUUGUAAAACUGUGAUUUUGAAGGCGGGACACCAUGGAUUCCAUCCCACGAGAGGAUUUACAGAGGUUGAUGCUUUUUGAGCAAACUCGGGAGAAAGCUGCAAGCGAGUACCUUCGAUCACCGAAUGAUCCCGAUAAUCUGACUCGAUGGGGAGGAGCUCUGCUAGAGUUGGCACACUUUCGCCAGGGUCAGGAAUCAGCUGAUAUGAUUCAAGAAGCUGUAUCUAAGUUCGAAGAAGCCUUAAGGAUUGCUCCAAAGAAGCAUGAUACUCUUUGGUGUCUAGGAAAUGCACACACUUCCCAAGGGUUUUUGUUUUCAGACCCUGACAAGGCCAAUGAAUACUUCCAGCAAGCUGCUCGAUGUUUUCAGUUGGCUUUGGACGAGGAUCCACACAACGAACUCUACCAUAAGGGUAUUGAAAUGACGACCAAGGCACCGUCCCUGCACCAGGAAUUGCAACGACAACUGGCUACUCAAAUGGCGUCAUAUCAAGCCUCACAAGGUGGAGGCGGAGGUCCUUCCAAGGCGUCCAAGAAGAAGAAGAAAGACAACGACUUCAAAUAUGAUGUCAUGGGUUGGAUCGUAUUGAGCGUCGGAAUAGUUGCUUGGAUGAGCUUUGCGAAAUCCGCCCCUCCACCUCCACCCCCUUCAAUGAGAUAAGGGUGUCCAUAUCAGGACCUGAUUGAAAUGUAAAAGCCCCGUUGGAUGGACCUUUCGUGCGCAAUCGCGAUGUCCCCAGGGUUUGGUUUAGGUCACACUACGAUACGACAGAUGACGACUGGCUCUCAGGAUUGUGUCUCUAGAUUCCGUUCUUAUAGUCUGGAAGUCCAUAUCACUGGUCGAAAGGCACAGUACCGAUGUGUUCCUUGUUACCUCUUGGUUUUUAUAAAAGAGAAAGUUGAUUUGACAAUCAUCAAGACCUCGCGCUACCGCGUGGUAGAAGAGAACACAUUGCGGGAUAUUACCCUCUCCAUGUCCGCGUUUUCAAUCAUAUCGAAGCGUAAUAUGCUUCGAGAUAUGCGUCACGUUUGGAAACAGCACGAGAGCUGGUGGAUUUGUCCAUUUUAUCUGACAUCCCCCUCUAAUCAUCACAAAUGAAGGUUGAUAAUACUA